CGCUGCAUCAACGAAUUAUAAAAUUGCAAGUGGAUACGGAUUCAUUGAAGGAGUGAUGGAGGAAGGGAGUGAAAUGAGCAGUGUCGCUCUACUGAGCUCCUUCGCCGCCGAUGAGGCCGUGGCGGCUUUUGGAAUCGCGGGGAGAGCAUGGGAGGAAUCGAAGAAGCUAUGGGCGAUCGUUGGGCCGGCGAUGGUCACUCGUCUCGCCAUGAACGCUAUGAUCGUGGUGACGCAGGCCUUCGUAGGCCACCUCGGCGACCUCCAGCUCGCUUCCAUGACCAUCGCCUCCACAGUCAUCGUCGGCUUCAACUUCGGCCUCCUGCUUGGGAUGGCGAGCGCAAUGGAAACACUAUGCGGUCAAGCCUAUGGAGCCAAGCGACUCCCCAUGCUCGGCGUGUACCUGCAGCGCUCAUGGCUCAUCCUCUCCCUCUGCGCCCUCCUCCUCCUCCCCAUGUACGCCUUCGCCGCCCCAUUCCUAGUCCUCAUCGGCCAGCCGACCGACCUGGCCACCGGGGCCGGCCGCCUCUCCCUACUCUUCAUACCCGUCCACUUCUCUUUCGCGUUGUUGCUGCCGCAGCAACGCUUCCUCCAGUGCCAAGGCAAGAACCUGGUCAACGCCGCCAUUUCAGUGGCCGCGCUCCUCCUCCACCUCCCCCUCACUUGGCUCUUCGUCACCGUACUUCAGCUCGGCCUCGACGGCGCCGCCAUCGCCCUCAACGUCUCCUGGUGGCUCACCACGCUUGGCCAAUUCUGCUACAUCGUCGGCGGGGGUUGUCCACUCUCUUGGGAGGGCUUCACCAAGGAAGCUUUCUUUGGCCUCCCGGAUUUCCUCAAGCUCUCCGCUUCCUCCGGCGUCAUGCUAUGUUUGGAGAACUGGUACUACAAAAUACUUGUUCUGCUCGCUGGUUACAUGAAGAAUGCCAACAUUGCAGUGGACGCCCUCUCCAUUUGCAUGAACCUCAACAGCUGGGAGAUAAUGAUCCCCAUGGCAUUCUUUGCAGGAACUGGAGUGAGGGUUGCUACUGAGCUCGGCGCCGGCAAUGGCAAGGGAGCGAGGUUUGCGGCCGCCGUGUCAGUGGCGACGUCGACAGUAAUCGGCCUCUUCUUUUGGUUACUAAUCAUGAUAUUCCACGACAAGUACGCCUAUAUUUUCACGUCCAGCGAGGAAAUCGCCAAGGCAGUCGACAGAAUCAGCAUUCUGCUCGCCUUCACUGUGCUCCUCAAUAGCGUCCAACCAAUUCUUUCUGGAGUUGCCGUGGGAUCAGGAUGGCAGGCACUGGUAGCUUAUGUGAAUAUCGGGAGUUACUACAUCAUUGGUGUCCCUCUUGGAAUUCUCUUGGGAUGGAUCACGAACCUAGGAAUUUGGGGGUUAUGGGCUGGAAUGAUAGGUGGAACGGCAGUUCAGACAUGUAUCCUAGUUUUGAAGACUGUGAGGUGUGAUUGGGACAAAGAGGCUUCAAACGCUAAUGUGCGAAUACAAAAGUGGGCCAAACCAGCUGGAAGUGAAGUUCAAUGAUUGAAAAUGGUGACUGAGAGUUGCAAUAAUUUUUUUUUUUGUUAACCUGUACUUGGAAUUUGUUUCAGCAAGUGUACAACACUCUAACAGUGAACAGACUUAUAGUUAGUAAAUUUGACAUGUUUUCUCAAA